AUGACAGACAUUCUUAUAGAAACUGAUUCUGAGCGAGUGGUGUUGUUUAUCAAAGGGGACACUCCUCCAAAUUUUGCGCAACGAGCUCUCCUCGAAGACACCAAAUUUCUCAUGCACAGGUGCAAUUGCUCCAUCAGUUACACACCUAGAGAGGCCAACAAAUGUGCAGAUGGACUAGCAAAUUUGGGAGCAACCCACCAAGACAAUCUGGUAGUGCUUGAUGACCCACCAAGUGCCAUUGGUCCAUUUCUUGUGCUUUUGUCGAACUUGACCAGUCUUCGACAUCUUGAUCUAUCAGUAUGUGCUUUGGAGAUAUUGUCCUUGCGUUUUAAUCAGCUUUCCAGUCAUUUACCUGAUGAACUUGAACAAUUUAAACUUUUGCAAUUCCUUAAUCUCAGGAAUAAUUUGCUUUCUGGUUCCAUUCCAACCACUAUAGGAAGAUUGGCAUCCUUAGAAUAUUUGGAUUUCGAAAGAAAUCAACUAAAUGGAACUCUUCCCCAAAGUUUUGGACACCUUUCAAAGUUGCAACAACUUUAUGUGUCUAAUAAUAUGUUGGAAGACAUUGUGUCUGAAAUUCACUUCACCAAUCUCAUCAAUCUGAAUAGAAUAUAUGGCUCUGGAAACCAGUUAACUUUAAAGGUGAGUCGUGACUGGAUCCCUCCAUUUCAACUUAUAGGAGUAGAACUUGCUUCCUGGAAUUUGGGCCCAAAGUUUCCCAUAUGGCUCCGACCACAGAAGGACCUUGCGAUUCUUGACCUGUCCUACACUGGAAUCUUAGAUGAGAUACCAAUUUGGUUUUGGAAGUUCUCUUCCUCACUUUAUUUUGUAGAUCUCUUGCACAACCAAAUCCAUGGUGAGAUUCUGUAUCUUUUCAUUGCUUCUAAAGUCCAACAUAUUUACUUAAAUUUCAACCAUUUUAGCGGUCCAUUACCCCGUAUUUCUUCUAAUUUAGAAGAUCUUCAUUUUUCCAACAACUCAUUUUCUAGGGAUAUCUCCCACUUCCUAUGUGAUAGGAAGGACAAACAAAAAAAACUGGCUUUUCUUGAUUUAGGAGAAAACCUUUUGUCAGGUGAAAUUCCUGAUUGUUCGAUGAGUUGGCAAUCCCUAAUACUCAUAGAAAUGGGAAACAACAAUCUAACAGGGAAUAUCCCAAGAUCCAUGGGGCAUUUAGGAGGUUUGCAAUCGUUACACUUGCGCAAUAACAGUUUCUCUGGAGAAAUGCCUUUGUCUUUGCAGAACUGGACAAAUUUAUAA